UUAAUGAAUCGAAUAAUUUCCAUUCAAGUUGUCAUGAUGAAAAUAACCAACAAAUAAUGGAAUCGUCCACAGAGAUUUCGGCUGCAUUUACUUCAGGAAUCUGUGUAUUGCAAGCAGCGGGGUGAAAUGGAUUUACACGAAAUGACGUCUUCUGCAGAUGUCAGUCCAUCAACUACACCAUGCGGAACCCCUUUGAGUGGAGCACCAAAAUUUGGAACAGUUAUACCAAACAGAAUUUUUGUUGGGGGCAUUGCAGCAAAUACUACUGAACAGGAGCUGAAACAGUUUUUUUCUGCUUAUGGUGCAGUUAAAGAUUCCAAAAUAAUAGCAGAUAGGGCUGGUGUAUCAAAAGGGUAUGGCUUCAUCACAUUCGAAAACCAAGAAGAUGCCGACAGGAUAAUCAAAAAGGAGGUGAGUGUAGAAUCUGAUAAUCUGGUGUUCAGAGACCGAAAGCUCAAUAUAGGACCAGCAAUUAGGAAGCAGCAAGUUUUGCCAAGGGCAUUUGAAUCUCCGGUGUCUCCAGGGGCUGUAAUGUUCUCAAAUGGUGUGCCUUAUACCUACCAGAAUGGUAUGGCAGUAUUUGCCUCGCCUGAAGCAGGAUAUGCUGUACCUCAAGCUCAGCCACAGACAGCAUUAAUGGUACCACAAACUCCACCAGUGUAUUUACAGCCUCAGUAUGCAGCUUACCAAGUCCCAGCCUCGGCGUAUACAUCAUUACAGACUUCACCUCAGUGGGCCACAACAGCAGCAGCAGCCGCAGCAACUGCUGGACAGUGGCGUUACAUGACACAGAGCCCAACUACAGCGCUGACGGCUACAGCCAACCCGUACAUGAUAGCUAUGCAGCCAGAUCUGAUGUAUGCUCAAGUACCACAGGCUUAUCAAGCCCCAGAGUUCACAGAUGCUACUGUGCUAGAUGGAACUACUGGGGUUGAGGGCAGCAUCUCCCUGGGGGAGCAAAGCUUCCAACCAGUCAGCCAGCCAAUCGUCUCUGCUACUGAGGCUACAGUCCCUGCCCCGACACCAAGUGUUGGCGCAGCUGUAGUGGCAACAACAUUGCACUAUCCAGCUGAAACACAUGCUAUACAGCAUGAGAAAUGUAACCCUAUAUCUGUAAUUAACACUAUUGUAACUACUAGUGCUGCUGUAACUACAUCUAGUCCUGUGUCUACCAUCACCACUAGCAAGCAUCCGAGUGUGUGUCCCAUUAACGUUGCACCAUACAAGAAACCAAUCACAACCAUCUCAAGAAGAAAUUUUACCAGUCCAUUUAUUGUAAGAAAUGGACAUAAAGUACAGUGUCUGAUGGUCCCACCAAAAAAUUUGACAUCUGGACAAUAUGCUCUUGUCGCACAACUUCCAGAUGACACUGUUGCUCCAACUCCUCCUUGGAGUUAGGCCUUAAAGUAAACUGAAACUCGGCAAAAAAAGAUUUAAAAUGGUUUUGUAACUUGUUAUUUGUUACUUGUUAAGGUUACUGAUUACUAAUAUUCAAAUGAAAAAUGGAUUUUUCUUGACUGAUUCCUGUAUGAUUUAUAUUUCUCUGCUUAUGGUGAACAUGCAAAGUUGCAAUGGCAUUGCACGUGACUGCAUGAAUAUUGUGGAUACUAAUGCAUGGGAUAUGCUGGACUAAAUGUAGUUGUAUUAGUUCUCUUCAUUUUUAGCUCACCUGAGCAUGAAGUGCUCAAAGGUGAGCUUUUGUGAUCGCCCUGUGUCCGUCGUCCGUCUGUCAUCAUCAACAAUUUGACUGUUAACACUCUAGAUGUCACAGUUUUGGCCCAGUCCUAAUGAAACUUGGUCAGAAUGUUGCUCUCAAUAAUAUCUUGGAUGAGUUUAAUAUUGGGUCAUCUGGGGUCAAAAACUAGGUCACCAGGUCAGAUCGAAGGAAAAGCUUGUUAACACUCUAGAGGUCACAAUUUUGGCCUAAUCUUAAUGAAACUUGGUCAGAAUGUUACCCUCAAUAAAAUCUUGGACGAGUUCGAUAUUGGGUCAUCUGGGGUCAAAAACUAGGUCACCAGGCCAAAUCAAACGAAAAUCUUGUUAACACUCUAGAGGUCACAAUUUUGACCCAAUCUUAAUGAAACUUGGUCAGAAUGUUACCCUCAAUAAAAUCUUGGAUGAGAUUGGAUCAUCUUGGGUCAAAAACUAGGUCACCAGGUCAAAUCAUAGGAAAAGCUUGUUAACAAUAGAGGUCACAAUUUUGGCCCAAUCUUAAUGAAACUUGGUCAGAAUGUUACCCUCAAUAAAAUCUUGGGCGAGUUCGAUAUUUGGUCAUCUGGGGUCAAAAACUAGGUCACCAGGUCAAAUCAAAGGAAAAGCUUGUUAACACUGUAGAGGCCACAUUUAUGACUGUAUCUUCAUGAAGCUUGGUCAGAAUGUUAAUCUUGAUGAUCUAAAGGUCCAGUUUGAAUCAGGGUCAUGUAGGAUUAAAAACUAGGUCACCAGGUCAAAUCAAAGGAAAAGCUAGUUUUCACCAUGGAGGCCACAUUUAUGAUCAUAUUUUAAUGAAACUUGAUCAGAAUGUUAAUCUUGAUGAUCUAUAGGUCACGUUCAAAUCUGGGUCAGGUGGGGUCAAAAACUAGGUCAUUAGGUCAAAUCAAAGGAAAAGCUUGUUAACAGUCUAGAGGUCACAAUUUUGGCCCAAUCUUAAUGAAACUUGGUCAGAAUGUUACCCUCAAUACAAUCUUGGACAAGUAUUUUGUCAUCUGGGAUCAAAAACUAGGUCGCCAGGUCAAAUCAAAGGAAAAGCUUGUUAACACUGUAGAGGCCACAUUUAUGACUGUAUCUUCAUGAAACUUGGUCAGAAUGUUAAUCUUGAUGAUCUUUAGGUCAGUAGAUCAGGUGAGCGAUACAGGGUCUUCAUGGCCCUCUUGUAUUUUAAUUGUCUUGAUCAUAUACAGCUUCAAUUAAAUGAUUUUCAUUUCUUUUUUGAAUCCUGGUUUGGUGUGUGGGUGUGGUGAUUAUUUGAUAACAUACUUUUAUAUAUAUACUGAAGUUAUUUUUGCUUUAUAUAUACAAAGGCAAAGAAAAAGUCUAUAUUUUACUGAAGCAGUAUACAUGUAUGCUCUAUUUUGCAAAAUUUCUGGUAUUCUAAUUCAAUGAAGACCUUACUCCAAAAGGGAAGAUAAAUGCAAUUAAUUGUAGAUUGACUAUAUUUUAGAAAUACUUAAAUUGAAUCUAGAAGUUUCUACAAUAGUCUAGAACACAUCUGUGAACUGUAUACAUUUGUUUUUUUUGCUAAUGAGAAAAACCUUUAAAAUUUUGAAUAAUUUGUUGCACAUGGUAGAAUGUUGAAUAUAUGUAUCUAUUGUAUACACUUGUUUAUUAUGUUUAGCAAGUUGUUGGUAUACCAUUUAGGGAUUUAUCCAUUUGAUACAACAUCUUUCGUUCAAAUUUAUAUUGUGUUGUUGUAAGUGAUGUGCUUAUUGACACCAGAAUAAUAAUUAUUUAUAAGAAUUUAUAUGGUCCUGUCUUGAGCAUUUGGUAUGAAAUGACAAGAAGUAUUUUGAACAAGUUAACAGACCCGUGAACAUCUUUGGAUGAAAAUUAUAUUUAAUUUUACUGAUUUUUGAAGAAGAAAAAAAAAAUAGUGUUGCGUCACUUUUUUGUGGGGUUGGGGGCACUAAAGAGUUGCCCUUGUCCGUCGGUCGGAAUUUGUGUCGUGCAUAUCACAAAAAGUAUUACUCCAAGUCAUCAAAUUUCACAGGAUUGUUAUCCAGCAUGAGAAGUUGUGCACCGGGGGUUUAACCAGAGUUAUGGUCCUUCAUUUUGUGAAAAAUACACGAAAGUGCUUAAAAGUUUGUUGUAUAUAUGUUUAAAUAUUCACUUAGAGUCUGAACUGUGUACAGUGACAAUAGUGGGGGCACCUGUGUAAUAUGGACACACACCUAGUUAAUUUGUAAGUCUGUGUAAGAAUAUCUUACAAUUUUUUGCUGAAAAAACAAAGUUGAUUUUGUCAGAUUUAUUAAUGCUUACUUUUUAACCUUUUUUUUAAAGGACCACAUACACUGCUGAUUUCUUGGCACAGAAAAAGAUCUAAACAGUAAUGACUCCUCAUUUUUAGCUCACCUGAGCACAAAGUGCUCAAGGUGAGCUUUUGUGAUCGCCCUAUGUCCGUCGUCAACAAUUGACUGUUAACACUCUAGAGGUCACAAUUUUGGCCUAAUCUUAAUGAAACUUGGUCAGAGUGUUACCCUCAAUAAAAUCUUGGACCAGUUCAAUAUUGGGUCAUCUGAGGUCAGAAACUAGGUCACCAGGUCAAGUCAGAGGAAAAGCUUGUUAACACUCUAGAGGUCACAAUUUUGACCCAGUCUGAAUGAAACUUAGUCAAAUUGUUACCCUCAAUAAAAUCUUGGACCAGUUCGAUAUUGGGUCAUCUGGGGUCAAAAACUAGGUCACCAGGUCAAAUCAAAGGAAAAGCUUGUUAAAACUGUAGAGGCCACAUUUAUGACAGUAUCUUCAUGAAACUUGGUCAGAAUGUUAAUCUCGAUGAUCUCAAGGUCCAGUUUGAAUCUGGAUAAUGUAUAGUCAAAAAAUAGGUCACCAGGUCAAAUCAAAGGAAAAACUAGUUAACAUUCCAGAGGCCUCAUUUAUGACAAUAUCUUAAUGAAACUUAGUCAGAAUAUUAAUCUUGAUGAUCUUUAGGUCAUAUACGAAUCUGGGUUAUGUGGGGUCAGAAACUAGGUCAACGGGUCAAAUCAAAGGAAAAGCUAGUUAACACUUCAGAGGCCACAUUUAUGACCAUUUCUUAAUGAAACUUGGUCAGAAUGUUAAUCUUGAUGAUCUUUAGGUCAAUAGGUCAGGUGAGCAAUACAGGGCCUUCAUGGCCCUCUUUUGUAAAUAGUUUACCUGUUUGAAAUGGCAUAUUCAUAAAAGUCUGAUCUCCGAAAGCAUGCCUUGGGUACCAGGUGUUUUGCAUUAUAUUUCAUUGUAAUUAAACAUUCGGACAUACACAUUUUAUAAAAUAAAAUUAUUGCUCAAAAUGGCCAUGAAUAAUGUGCUUUGCAACGGAGUGCCUUCUUUUCAUGAGAAUUGUUUGAAUAUUUUUUCAUGUGCAAAAGAAUUGAAUGCUUAUUUAGAUCUUUACAAAUGUUUUUAUAUGUAUGUAUAAUAUGUAAUAUUUUGAAGAUUGUAUUGUGUAUUUUAGAGAUGAAUAUAUGCACUAUUAAAGCCUUACUGCUGCAACAUUAACCAUUGAAUAUCACUAUUCCAUUACAGUCAUUUUACAUCCAUUUUAGUUCUGUAUUUAAAGUGGUGCUUCAAAAAGGUAGUUCUAGUAUGGGUUUGUAUGUAUUUUUGUUACAAUGUAAGAUGAAAGCAAGAAAAUAAGUUUAAAACUUUUAAGAACAUUUUGGAGCAAGUACGAGAUGAAGGAGAUAGAAAGUUGUGGGAAGAGUCCAAAAAUUAAAGGUAUUAUAUUCCUGACUUGUUAGCAAAAGAUUUCUUCUUGCUGGGUAAAGAAUGGGAAUAUCAACAGAUCUAGCAUUCAAGUUGGUCUCUUAAAUGUUUGUGACCAUGAAGUAACAGGUUAUUUAAACAACUGGUUAUAUAUAUUUCAUGCUCCCCAAAGUGGGGAGCAUAUAGUUGCCACCUUGUCCGUCUGUCUGUCUGUCCAUCACACUUCUUAUCUGGAGCAUGACUCAAAAGGUAUUGAAGAUACCAUGGAGCAUGACUCAAAAGGUAUUGAAGAUACCAAGUUUUAACUUCACACAAUGAUUAGGCUCAUAUAGCGGAAGUGCCGUGAUAAGGAACUAUAACUGGAGGUGAUCCCAUUUUUGCUCUUGAUUUUUUGAAAAAAAAAUGAGAUCGCUUGAACAGCAUUGGUGUUGCCUGGUUAAGUUUUAUGUUUAGGUCAGCUUUUCUCCUAAACUAUCAAAGCUAUUGCUUUGAAACAUGCAACACUUGUUCAACAUCAAAAGCUGACUCUGUACAGCAAGAAACAUAACACCGUCCUGCUUUUUGCAAGAAUUAUGGGCCCUUUUGGACUUAGAAAAUAUCAGAUUUCUUGGUUUUUCAAAGUUUUAGUUUAGGUCAACUUUUCUCCUGAAUGGUCAAAGCUAUUGCUUAAAACAUGGAGAAGUUUUUCGCCAUUAAAAGCUAACUCCGCACAGCAAGUACCAUAACUCCAUCCUGCUUUUUGCAAGAAUUAUGCCCCCUUUUGGACUAAGAAAAUCAUGGGUAGGACAAUAUUUUAUUAUACAGAGACCAAAAAGUCAGAUGAGCGUCUGCACCUGCAAGGCAGUGCUUUUGUUGAAUUAUCUCUUGUUAGCUCACCUGUCACAAAGUGACAAGGUGAGCUUUUGUGAUCGUUCGGUGUCCGUGCGUGCGUCCGUAAACUUUUGCUUGUGACCACUCUAGAGGUCACACUUUUCGUGGGAUCUUUAUGAAAGUUGGUCAGAAUGUUCAUCUUGAUGAUAUCUAGGUCAAGUUCGAAACUGGGUCACGUGCCGUAAAAAACUAGGUCAGUAGGUCUAAAAAUAGAAAAAUCUUGUGACCUCUCUAGAGGCCAUAUAUUUCACAAGAUCUUCGUGAAAAUUGGUCAGAACAUUCACCUUGAUGAUAUCUAGGUCAAGUUCGAAACUGGGUCACGUGCCAUCAAAAACUAGGUCAGUAGUUCUAAAAAUAGAAAAACCUUGUGACCUCUCUAGAGGCCAUAUAUUUCACAAGAUCUUCAUGAAAAUUGGUCAGAACAUUCACCUUGAUGAUAUCUAGGUCAAGUUCGAAACUCGGUCACGUGCCAUCAAAAACUAGGUCAGUAGGUCAAAUAAUAGAAAAACCUUGUGACCUCUCUAAAAGCCAUAUUUUUCAUGGGAUCUGUAUGAAAAUUGGUCUGAAUGUUCAUCUUGAUGAUAUCUAGGUCAAGUUCGAAACUGGGUCAUGUGCGGUCAAAAACUAGGUCAGUAGGUCUAAAAAUAGAAAAACUUUGUGACCUCUCUAGAGGCCAUAUAUUUCAUGACAUCUUGAUGAAAAUUGGUCAGAAUGUUCACCUUGAUGAUAUCUAGGUCAAGUUCGAAAGUGGGUCACGUGCCUUCAAAAACUAGGUCAGUAGGUCAAAUAAUAGAAAAACCUUGUGACCUCUCUAGAGGCCAUUUUUUUCAUGGGAUCUGUAUGAAAGUUGGUCUGAAUGUUCGUCUUGAUGAUAUCUAGGUCAAGUUCGAAAGUGGGUCACGUGCCUUCAAAAACUAGGUCAGUAUGUCAUAUAAUGGAAAAACCUUGUGACCUCUCUAAAGGCCAUAUUUUUCUUGGGAUCUGUAUGAAAA